UGUGAAGAAAUAUUUUCUAAGGUUCAAAUCAUCUGUUGCAAAACUCUUCAAACUGAGCUUCUGUUAAACCAUGAGCCACUAGAGGGUAGUAAGGCUGAAACAGAUGUUUAUGUGAAGAAACAGCUAAAUGGAUGCAGUUUCUACAUAAAACACAAUGAUGACAGGGCCCUCAAAGUAGUAAAUGAAGUUAUUAUGUGUCUUACUAAAGAUAUCAAUGCUCUUCUAAAGAACUGUUUGACCACCUCAAGCCUUCUAGUCCUUGGACAACUUUUGCUGUGUGAUAACAUGGAAGAUGUUGAGAAAACCUUAGCAAAUCAUGGCAUUCAUAACAGUGGUCACAAGGAGGAAGGACACGGUUCCUUACCGAAACCUGGAUGUCAUAUACCUGAAGAAUGGCAUGACUGCCUUGACAUGAACUUCCUCAACAACUUUGAAAGUGGAGAUUAUGUUGGCUUCAGCAAGGAUGAAUUUGGUGAAUAUUUCUACGCCAUUAUUAUUGAGCGAGUGGAUGAUUCACUGGGACAAACAGGACCGUUUCCUGCCAGGUAUAAAAUUCAAGUUGGCAGCGAUGACUUCAUUGAAGUAAACUCUCUUGACCUUUACCAAUUUAAAAGGGAAAAGAUGACAACUGCUUCAAAAGGGUCCACUUGCAUAGAUAUAGAAAGUCUUUUGACAUCUUGGCCUCCACCUAAAACCGAUUUUCCUGAGUCAUUGGAAGAGAUCAGAAGAGAAAUUGACCAAAGUUUAAAUGAAAUCUGGAAUAUGUCAAGUGAGGACAAACAAAAAGCUCUUAAACGUCUCUACCUCCACUGGUAUCCAGAUAAGAACCCUGGAAAUGAAGCACUUGCCGCAGAUGCAUUCAGAUACCUGCAAAAGAGAAUUGAGGAACUACAAUGAGGGGAAACUGCACAGAGCACAUCAACAGACCAGACAAACUUUCAAGAUUUCUAUGAUACGUGGAACACAGAGGCACAAAGUCACAGGAGGGGACGCGAGAGGUUCUAUCAGAACUAUUCUAGAAGGCACUAUAACUUUUGGUCAUACCGCAGAGAAACUCCAAGGCCUAACAGAGGGGAGGCAAAACGCUGGUAUGAACAGGCUCAAUGUGAUAUCAAAGCAGCUCACAAUGACACUGGAGGAGAAAGCUCAGAGUGGUGUCUGUUUAAAGUGCAUCAGGUUGUGGAAAAAGCCCUGAUCGCAGCGAUGUACAGGGGAAGUGGCCAUCAACCUAAAAACUGCUCAAUAACUAGCCUUGCUCAACAGGUGUCCCAUUUCAGCUCACAGUUGACUUCUUUACCAAACUAU